AUGGGGUCCAAAGACUUGGCUCUUACUAUCUUACUAGUGCUCUCGGGAGAACUCCGUGCAGAAGAGAAGCCCUGCGGUCUUCCCAGCGUGGAGAAUGGACGGGUCGCCCUCUAUUACUACACGUUUACGAGCUUUUACUUUCCGAUGAGCGUAGACCAGAAACUGUCAUUUUCCUGCCUGGCUGGUUACACGACCGACAAGGGGAAGCAGGAGGAGAAAACGACCUGCACGGCCGGCGGCUGGUCCCCGGAGCCCAGGUGCUUCAAAAAAUGCCCCAGGCCCGACCUGGCCAACGGGCACAUCUCGGACUCCAAGGUGCUGUACGCCGUCCAGGAGGCCCUGCGCUACGGCUGCGCCUCGGGGUUCCGGACCCCGUCGGGGCGGCGCGAGGAGGAGGUGCGGUGCCUCCCCCACGGCUGGUCCUCGCCGCCGGCCUGCAGGGAGGAACAGGACACAUGCGUGGCUCCCGCAUUACUCCACGGGAAUUACUCCACAACGCAGACGACGUUCCGGGUGCAGGAGAAAGUGGGGUACCGGUGUGACCCCGGCUACUACACGGCGACUGGGGGGACGACGGAGGAGGCCGAGUGUCACGCCCACGGGUGGUCUCUGGCCCCGAAAUGCACCAAAUUAAAAUGCUCUCCUUUAAGAUUAAUAGAAAAUGGUUAUUUUUAUCCGGUGAAGCAAACCUAUGAAGAAGGGGAGGUGGUUCAGUUUUUCUGCCAUGAAAAUUAUUUUCUCAGUGGGUCUGACUUAAUCCAGUGUUACAACUUCGGCUGGUACCCGGAAUCUCCUGUAUGCGAAGGAAGGAGGAGCCGAUGUCCCCCUCCACCCCUGCCCCCAAACUCCAAGGUUCAGGCCCCCGGGACAACCUACCGUCACGGAGAAGUGGUUCGCAUCGAGUGCGAGCUGGGCUUCGAGAGGCAGGGACCGGAGGAGAUCCGCUGCGGCGACGGAAGGUGGACGGAGCCCCCGACGUGCACCGAAGAAAGGGAGGCGGCGGCCUGCGGGGACCCGCCCCUGGUGGCCAACGGCGCCCCGGCCCUGACCUCGAAGACCUACCGCAGCGGGGACAGCGUGAGCUAUGGCUGCGGGAGCGGCUACCGCCUCCGUGGGCCGAGGGAGGUCACCUGCCGCCGGGGGAGAUGGACCCCCGCCCCCGAGUGUGUCGAAAACACCGAGACCUGUAAGCGUCCGCCUGACAUAGCGAACGGGGCCGUCGUUGACGGGCCCUCGGCCAGCUACCCGGCGGGGUCCUCGGUGGAGUACAGGUGCCACGAGUAUUACAUCCUGCAGGGGGCAAAGACGUCCCACUGCGCGGACGGACAGUGGUCGCCCCCGCCCGCCUGCUUGGAGCCGUGCACCGUGGACGAGGGGUCCAUGGCCAGGAACAACAUCGGGCUGAAGUGGAGAUACGAGGGGAAGGUCUUGCACGGCGACUGGAUAGACUUCGUGUGCAAGCCCGGGUUCGACUUGGCGCCGUCCGCCCCGCCGCCCGGGUUCUCCGUGCAGUGCAGCCGAGGACGACUGACGUACCCUGUGUGCGUGCGGAGAGAGUCUAAAGGCACCUGCGGGCCUCCCCCCCUUAUUGAAAACGGGGUCGUCGUCGGUGCCAGAACCGGCACCUAUGAAAACGGGUCCUCGGUGGAAUACAGGUGUUCGCAGCAUCAUUUCCUACAGGGGCCUAGAGACUCCCACUGCUUGGAGGGAGCGUGGACGGCACCGCCCUCGUGCCUAGAGCCGUGCGUGUUGUCUCGGGCGGAAAUGGACAAGAACAACUUGCUCCUGAAGUGGAGUUUUGACAACAGGCCCUAUAUUUUCCACGGCGAGUACGUUCACUUUCUUUGUCGGAGAGACACGUACAUGGCCGAGCUGUCUCCCGUGGGAAUCGAACUCCCGGUGCGGUGCGACCGGGGGCAGCUGAGGUACCCACGAUGCGUCCAGCGACGGAGGACACCGUCUUAUCAAGAACCCGUAAGGACGUAG